UAGGAUGAAAUUACUUAUGGAAAGCCUUCAAAUCAAGAUGCUGCUGUAUGUAAACAUCUUGAUACUGCUCGUCCGGGAUGUUGCUCUGUCAAGCAUCCUGACCACACCAUCAAGAGGAUGUCCAACCUGCACAGGAAAGCCCGUGGGUUUGAACGUGGCCUCUCUGGCUCCUGGGGAGCCGUGCGGCGUCUACACUCUGAACUGUGCCCCGGGUCUGCGCUGUGAGCCUCCCCAGGAUGAGCCGAGGCCCCUUCGUGCCCUGCUGGAGGGCAGAGGAGUCUGCAGCAAUGUCAGCAGCACCACACCGACUCCACAGGUCUACCCUGCAGAACCAGCGCCAACUGAGGAACCCAAUGAGGCUCCCUGUCGCAAACUCCUAAUGAAAGUCAUCCAAGGUCUUGAUGCCCAUUUAUUUAAGUCCCAUCAUGAUAUCUACAUACCCAACUGUGAUAAAAGUGGUUUCUACAAAAGGAAGCAGUGCUGGUCGUCUCUGGGGAAGCAGCGUGGAAAGUGUUGGUGUGUGGACGAGAACGGCCUCCCCGUCCCACCGAAGACUAAACAACAGGGCAACGUGAUUUGCUGAGGAGCAGGAAAGACGUCACAGAUGAAGGAACAUCGGACUAAAACCCGAACUCGCCUUUCAUACGUUACAUUUCUGUCAGAAAGCAGAUCAUUACGCAUCUCUUGCGAGGAGAUGCGUGAUGAUCAAACUUUGUCUCCUGACGCCCUCUGCUGAAUACACUCAGAUUGUGCUGAUUUGAUUCUUUCGCUUUCAGCUGCAUUGCACAUUCAAUGGAGAUCGGACUGCAACUAAAAGUAAUCCAGCUAAAAUUAAAUACAGAAUGAAAGCAUGUCAAUUAUGAACCGAGUGCCACAAAUUCAGCCAAAAACCUUUAACACUUUUAUAAGCAAAUUAAAACGUCCAGAAAUCAGUCACAUAACAUUCACAAGCUAGUAAUGAGAAAUUACAAACUCUUUUACGACUGUGUUCAGGUUCUAUGACAUUUACAUAUUUUCAGUAUGCUCCUCCUUACUUUCCUUCGAAACCACUCUUUUUUAAAAGUACCUGCUGCAUAUAUAACAUGUCGCCAUAUUUAUGUGACUGUUUAAACGUCUAUUUAUGCUAAAUUGUUCAUUAUGUUAGUGUUACAUAUAAAAGCAAACACUAGGACUCCUUUGAGGGAACUUAGCAACCUGAAUGUUUUUUAUUUAUAACAUCAGUGACUUUUAAUAUUGGUGAUGAUGAUUGAUAAUUUUAGGUAGUAUUACAAUAAUGUCCUUGACAAACUGCUUUUUGUGUAAUGUAUUCUUGUGAAGUAAAAUAUUGUACAAAAAAAAUGUAUUCUUUUUUUCUGCAUAAACAAAUGGACUCAUGAUAAAGAAGUCAACUAGCUGCCUAAAAAAUUAUUAAAUACCUUUGGGCUACUUGUGUUUCCUGUAGCAUUUCUUGCAGCAUUAUAAUUGGCUGCAAUACAAUUGACAAUUUUAUUUCUUUAUGAAUGAUACACAUAUCUUUUGAGACAGGAUCUUGUAUUGGACUUUAACAUACGGGAAAGUGUU